GGAACUAAUUUUCAUCUCUAAUUGGCAGAAAUCGGCUGAAGAUAAUGUGAUGUAAGCUGUUUACUUUUCGUAUCCCAUUUCUGUUCACUCUUAACUCUCACAUGGUUAACAUCUCAUUUAGUAAUUUAUGUCUAUUGUUUAUCGUUUAGUUAAUUGUCUGAGAUCAACUGAGUCACUUUCAUCUCUUUCAACUUUUAAACAAUCAGUUAAUUUUAUUCGCAAAAUGAGUCAAUCAACAGAAUCUUCUAUAUGUACCCAUAGCGGAAAUUUUCACUGUGAUGAUGUUUUAGCUUGUUAUUUGUUGAAACAAUUACCGGAAUUUAAAAAUUCAACUAUAAUCCGAUCUCGGGAUGAUAAAGUUAUCGAUUCAAGUGAUAUUGUGGUCGAUGUGGGUGGUGUUUAUGACCAUAGACGGAAGCGAUAUGAUCACCAUCAGCGUGAAUUCAAGCACACAUUGAACUCACUGGAUCCACGGAAACCAUUCAAGAUUAAGCUGAGCUCUGCGGGGCUGAUUUAUCAUCAUUAUGGAAGGAGAAUAAUUAGUCAAUUACUUGAUUUGCCAGUCGGUGAUUCUGGUGAUUCUCAUGAUGGUGAAAAAUUGGAAAUUUUGUUCGAUAAAAUUUAUGAAUCUUUUAUUCUGGAAGUUGACGCCAUUGACAAUGGAAUUGAUAUGUAUGAUGGUGAACCCAAAUACUCAAUCCACUCAGGCCUAAGCUCCAGAGUCUCUUACUUGGAGCCGGCUUGGAAUCAAGAGGUCAACGAUGAAAUUUUAUACGACAGAUUUCUUGAAGCAAUCAAAUUGGUUGGAAGUGAAUUUGAAGACCGAGUUAAGUAUUAUGGUAAUGCUUGGUAUCCACCGAAAUUGCUUGUUAAAGAAGCCAUUUUGAAUCGAUCUUCUGUUCAUCCUUCUGGUGCAAUAAUUGAUCUUAGUUCUUAUGGUGGGAUACCCUGGAAAGAACAUCUUUUCACAAUUGAAAAAGAAUUAGGGAUUGAAGGAGAGGUCAAAUUCGCUCUUUUUCUAAGUAUUGAGAAGAAUUGGAGAGUAUGUGCUGUUCCAACAGCUUUUGGAUCGUUUGUUUCGAGGCUUCCUAUACAUGCCGACUACUGUGGUUUGCGAGAUGAGCAAUUAUCUCAAGUCAGUGGAAUUCCUGGUUGCAUUUUUGUCCAUACGACGGGUUUUAUUGGCGGGGGCAAUUCCAAGGAAACUUGCAUCGCUUUAGCUGAGAAGACAAUGAACGCCGAAGCCAAAAAAGAAUAGUGUUCAUCAAAUUGGUUACCAAUCAACGCAAGGAACAGCAUAUAAUCAACGCUGCUAUCAAGUGAUUGACAAUCAACAGAAAGAUUUUUCUCUCUCUCUCUCUCUUUCUCUCUUUUAAUUUGAAUUACUUCCUUUAAUAUCUUUAUUAAAACAAAAUAUGAUGAUCAAAAAUACAAUCUGUUCAAGUACUUUUGGUCUAAAUUUACUUACUAAAAUAAAUAGGGAGAGAGAAGAGAAGAGAAAGAAAAAAGAUAACUUAACAUGGUUACCGUUCAAACAGCCCAAAGAAUAGUAAAAAAAAACAAUGAUGAGAAUUCCAAUUAAUCAAUCAUGAUGUCGUCUAAUUAGUUUUAUAUUUAGUAUUUCACUUGUGUGAUGUGGAUGAAAAUAGAGAAGAAGAAAAAUGUAAGAUAAUAAAUUGAAAAGAAAAAAUUAAAGAUGAAAACCAAAUA